AUGGGAGCGUGUGUGGGUGGAGGGAUGGGUUUGUCAAUUGCGGCGUACGGCAACAGGGAAAGUAAUUUGGAAUUUAUUAUGGCAGAAAUUGACCUCCCCUGGGGUCGGAGACGGAACGAGGUUUGCGGAAAAUUGAAAAUAACGCAGAAAAUUGGACACAAGAUUUGUAAAAUUGACACCAACAAGGCCGACAAUUGGCAUUAUUAUGCACUCGUACUAGAACUACAGGGUCACCUCACAACUACAAAUAAAAGUGGGAAAACAUGUCGCACCCCUUUGUCGGAGCUUGUGCCGGACGAACAUCCCCAACUUAUUUGCAAAUCAAGGAUCUUUACGGUGGUAUCUGGGGAAGAAAGUGGAAUUAAAAAGGAACUCGACCCCAAAAAUAAGACUCCUCUCUUCCUGGUACGAAAUCCAGCCUCGUUUCCGUUCGAACUCCGACUCCCUGCAACUCACCAAUUCCCCGCCAGCCUGGAAGGACCCCCUGUUCGGAUCGAGUACUUUUUAGUGGCCUACCUCCGCACGGAAAAUGGCUACAUAGAACUCGACAGAAAACCACUGGAAAGAUUUCGUGGGCAUAAUUUGAUCUCGUUUCAGAACGAGGGUGAAACUUUGCGUGGGACUUUUAUCGGUAAAAAGGUUACCGCGUUUUGCACCUCACCCCAGAAAUUUUACCGGCUUUGGAUUAAAGAGGAAGUCGUUUUCAGUGUGGAGCUCGAAUUUGUCGAGAAUUUCGAACUUUCCGUGGAAUGUGGGGUCUCCGUCGUGCAAAGGGUUUCAAUGGGUGGGGUGGUCGUCGAGGAGUCUGUGAUCGAGUCGAAAUCCGAGUCCAAGCAGGUGACCGGAUUCAGGCUGAGAUUUAGCGGGAAGUUGCUCGACCCAAAGAAUAAGACGGCGGGGAAGGGGGGAAUGUUGUUGGCGACGUAUAGUCAAGGGAGAGAGAGCGGGUUAAAAAUCCAGCAUUUUUUGAAGGUUAGUAACAGAGUGGGGAUUAUGUAG